UCCUCUCCCAUUCAGAUACACACCAUUGGAAUUUUUCAACGCCUCUGCGCUGGGCGGAACAACAAUUUGUUUAUAGUCAAUUAAAAUGUGCUUGUGAAUCGUAAAAAAAACUACAUAAAAUACAAAAUGAAGUUUUUAAACUUGAUAGUGGUCGUAUUAGCUUUAAUCUGCAGCGAAGUGAAGGGACUAAAGUUGCAGGCAAAUGUUGGGGAACUCUUCACAUACAAAAUCGAGCCGCAACUCUUUAACUGGACACACCAGGUGAUCAGCCAGCAGUUUCGCUACAGACCCUCGCUGAAGAAUUACCCCGAUUUGCCCAGUUGGAUGCGAUAUAUGUAUAGCCACGAAUACCAUGCCGGCUUCCUCUACGGAACUCCUCCGGCAUCGGCGGCUGGCAAGGAUCUAAGUCUGGAUGUGGUCGCCCUUAAUCGCCAGAAUUACGAAACGCGUCGCGUUGUUGUCACAAUGUUUGUGGCCCACAAGUUUCCCACACCCAAUGUCGUGCAGAUGAAAAUAAACAACCUGAAUUGGGUGCACCUAAUGGAUCCCGGCAGAAGGGAGAACCUACGAAAUAUAUUCCGCAACGAUCUGUGGCCGAAUAGCAAGGAGGACUUGAGUGUGGUCUUCAUGGAGUCGGCUGUGAAUAUGGGCGGACGACUUCCACUGCGACCGCAGCAGCGCGAGGGAGUCAUUGUCCAUGUGGGCAGCUUUGCCCAGUUCUCGCCACGGCUGCAGGAACUCCAGGAGGAAGUGAGACCACUGUACAAGCUGCCCUCUUGCACCUACAAGCGCACAUCCGUGCAGAAAAUCUUUGAGAAUGUGGGCUUCAAGCUGGACUGGUGCGCCUUUCGAAUGGUGGGCAUGGAAUCGCCCACGGAAAUUCUCUUCCACAGUGGCAAGCAGAACGAGCAGCAGGUGCCGGAGGAUCUGAAUCAGAGGCAAGAGGAUCGCUGGAUGGGAAUCGCCAGGGAGGAUGUGCCCGAGCGCAAUUACAUCGAUGAAUUCGCCUUUGCCUUCGCCAUUCCGGGCAUGAUUUUUGCCAUUUUAAUCGGAAUGCUAUCCGCUGUUUUGUGUUUCCAGCACGAGAAGUUUUACGAUCCGCAUUCUGAGUUUUUCUUUGCCAACAUUUUCCACAUCUGCGAAGAGUCCUGUGCGCCGCCAAGCGGUUCAAGCGAUUCUGGGGCGGAUGAUGGUUCUGAGAGCUCUUCCAACUCGGACUAUCCCAUGGCAUCCACUGUGCAGAUGGUUCAGUGUUCGGAUAGCAAGUCCAAUCAGCCCAUAACCACAUUGAAAAGCCUCAAGGAUCCCAAUUUUCUACUGGACAACACUAGCAUGAGAUCUCAGAGUCCCAACAACAGCUUUUACCAGUUGGACUGCGGAAACUCCAGCAUUUAUGCUCGACCCAAGCCACCACCAUACAAGGGCGGCACUUUGGGUCGAAAUGGAGUGGACAUUUGACAAACAUCUCCCCGAGUGCUCUACUGCUGAAGGGAGCGGAUUGGAUUCGAGCGCAUAACAUUUCAAUAAGCAAUAUCGAGGAGCGUUAUAUCAAUUGCAUAAAUACUCACACCUGCCGAACUAGACAAACCAUAUCGUAAUUAUCAUUUUAUAUAGAUAUGCAAGCAUGAAACUAGCCAAUUAGUUUGCCAUUUAUGAAUAAAGGCAAUCAAAUAAAGCAUAAUAUUUUAGAA